CCGUCCCCUGGCCACCUUCCAGCCUCCUCUGUGCAGCCUCCUCGCCUUCCAGACGGUCCUUACUUCUUUUCUCCCUAGGUUGCGGCCAGCCUGAGCCCUCUGUCGCUAGAUCCAGGAGCCCAGGUGGAGUAAGAACCUCAGCUCCAGGAUGCUGACAACAUUGCUGCCACGGUUGUGUCUACUGCUCCUGCCGGGCUGGGCCUUUUGUAGCCAGGAAGCCUCAGCUGGCCUUCGGAACCUCCACAUGCUCCAGAUCUCUUACUUCCGCGACCCCACUCAAGUGUGGCACCGGGGCAACGCGUCGCUGGGGGGGCUGACGACGCACGUGCUGGAAGGCCUGGGCACCAACGUCACGAUCCGCCAGCUGGAGCCUUUGCAGGAGCCCGAGAGCUGGGUGCACACAGAGAAAAGUCUGAAGACCUACCUGCAGCAGUUCCAGGGCUUGGUGCUGCUGGUGCACCAGGAACGGGGCUUGACCUUUCCUGUGAUCAUUCGCUGCUUCCUGGGCUGUGAGCUGCCUCCUGAGGGCUCUACAGCCCGUGUCUUCUUCGAAGUGUCUGUGAAUGGGAGCUCCUUUGUGCAUUUCCAGCCAGAGACAGCUUUAUGGGUGGCAGGGCCCCAGGCAACCUCCAGGGUGGUCACCUUCACCCUGCAGCAGCUCAACGCCUACAAUCGCACUCGGUUCGAACUGCGAGAAUUCCUGCAGGACACCUGUGUGCAAUAUGUGCAGCAACACGCCACUGUGAACAACUCGAAAGGGAGCCAAACAGGCCGCUCCUACACCUCGCUGGUCCUGGGUGUCCUGGUGGGCAGUUUCAUCAUUGCUGGUGUGGCUGUAGGCAUCUUCCUGUACACAGGUGGACGGCGGUGUUGAUUGCUCUCCAGACCCCUCUGGAAAAGGGCUGGACUGAUGGGGGCUGACGAGGGAAGAUCUCAGCUCACUACAAAACCACACAGAUUCCUCAUCUGGGACAUUAUAUCCCAGAAGGUUUGGAGUGGCAGCCCCUUUCUUCUCCCUGAUCUGCCCACCAAGAGUUUGGGGGAGGGAAAGGGAAAGGAAGAAGCUAAGUAGACAGAGCUCUUGGUUUGCUAAGCACCUAAGAACUUGCAUGCUUUCCUGAA